GAAACAUUCGUAGCGUCAAAAAGAACAGACAACCGACUCUCUCUUGCAUACAUAUGUUUAAUGACUGUGACUUGAUACUUGAUGUUACCACGAGUUUCUUCAGCUUCAUCUUCUGUAUUUCAAUAAAUGAAUCAGUAUAUAAUACACAUUAAUAUAUAACAUCAUACGCAUUUCAUAUUAUAAUUAUUUUGCGAAUACGCAAUGGCGCAAAUAGGAAAUGUGACAGCAGAUCAACUGAUUGCUGGCUCUAGUAUAUUGUCCAGACCUGCUGAAGAAUUCGGCAAUGAUCCAUCCGUGGAAGCAAUGUGGGCAAUGAAAGCUAUGGAACAUGCGGAGGUUUAUUUUAAUAUUUUGUGCUCAGUUGAUCCUAAGCUUUUAAGGCUUACACCUCAUGAUGAAAACAUCUAUAAAGCAUUUAGAGAGAAUUUUCCUAAUAUGAAAGUGGACAAGAUAAACGAAGAUGAAUUCAAGUCUCCACAGCAAAAGGAAGAAUGGAGAUCCUUUUGCGAACAGUUUAAGAAUGUUGUAGAAGACUAUAGUUUUGGCACAUUAUUAAGGGCAGAUUGUACAGAAGAUUAUACGGAAAAAAACAGCAUAUUGACAAGUCGAAUUCAAUUUUAUGCAAUAGAACUUGCAAGAAAUAGGGAAGGUCUUAAUGAUGGUGUGCGAAAAAAAUUCAAACCAAAACUAACAAGAAGCUGGCAAACUGAACGAUUGGAUACAGAGGAGGAGAAGGAGAGGAGAUAGACAUGCGAAAUGACUAAAAAAACCAUGGAUAAUAUUAAAAUUAAAGAUGAUGAUGCAGAAAAUGAUUUUUGGCUUGUCGUGGCUCUGUAGAAACAAAUAAAAAAAAGAAGAAAAGAACAUAUAUAAUAAAAUUGUAGUUCAGGUGUCUCUCUUAAUAUCCACAAGGUUCGGUGAAAAAAAUGCACACGAGAGCGACCGUUUCUAGAAUAUAUUGCUAUAUACACACUUUAAUAAACAAAAACAAACAUUACAGUGUAAUAAUAUCUCGUAUUAUUAAUAUAAUAUUAUAUGUAAUAAUAUAGAGAGUUUUAUUCAAUCGUAGUGAAAACACACUGAAAACCAUGUCUUCCUUAUUAAAAAGAACAAUGCGUGUUUCGCGUACACGUUUGCCUUUUUUUAUUAUUAAUAAUAUUAAUUCAUAAUGUACGUGUGUGUGUGUGUGUGUGUGUGUGUGUGUGUGUGUGUGUGUGUGUGUGUGUGUGUGUCGCCCGAUCGACGGCACUCGCGUAAUGCUAUAAAAAAAAGAAAAAGGGAGAGUUCCCGAAAUACAUCGGCGAGAAUAUGUAUACAUUAUAGUUUUGAGAGCGCGGUCGAUCCGGUCGAGCCGAUCGAUCGUUAUUAUAGAAUAAUAAAUAUGACAGUGCAAUAUCUAAAAAAUCUGUCUUUUUUAUGCAACUUAUUUAAAUACAACUGCACUCACAAAAUGUACAAUAUGUUUUAUUGCCCUUAGGUGAAUAUCAAGGAAAAUCUGAAUCGCCAAAUCGUCGUGUAUAUGCGUGACAGUAUAGGUAAAGUUAAAAAUAAAAAACAAAAUUUUUUUUUUUUUAAUUUCAAAUAUUUGAUAAUUUUAAUAACGCAAGGAAAAGCACGAUUCAAUGAAAGCUGCGAAUUAUCGAUAAGUUGCGAAGCUAUUGAAAUUUUGAUUCACCAGACAUGAAGGCUGAUGGAAACGUAACUCGUUGGAUAAGUUUGCGAAGUCUGAUUUAAAGUAAAGUUGACUUAACGCGAUUCGCCUGAGUUCCGAAUUGCUUUGCUGUCUAUAGACAGGGAUGAAAAAGAUCAAUCAGUAAAGCACUCCGAACGGUAUUAAAAUUCGCAUAGAUGGACAAAGAUGGUGACUCACAGUUUCCAUAUAAAUUCAUUUCUCUUGCCUGAAAUAUAACGCUGAAGCUUUAAAAUUAUUAAAAUUAUUUCUCUCUUUAAGUGCAAGACAUAUAUAACGAUUUGGCACAAUUAUGGAUUUUCCUCAAAUCUCUAAACGAGCAGUGUACACGCGAUCCCUCUCUCAAUUUCAGUCUCUUUCAUUCAUUUUCUCUUUCAUUCUUUUCUCUCUCUCUCUCUCUCUCUCUCUCUCUCUCUCGCUUUCUCUUUCUCUCCUGUUUUCUUCUUUUCACGUUUGCUCUCUACAUCUGAUCGCUAAAAAGAAUAUUUAACUUAAUAUUGUAUAAGAACCAAGAUAGAAAUGAACAAAAUCUACCCUAGACGAGCGUCUUAUGUAUAUCUGCGCGCAAUAAUAAGUAAGAUAAUUAAAUAAGUAGAGUCUAUAAAGUAUUUUAUUUAGUAUUUUAUACGUAUUGGAGAGAUGUAUGGGAUUAUUUUAUAUACAUAUUGUGAAAGAGCGACUUGUGUUAUCUUUUAUGGAAAAUUAAUUCAAAAAUAUUCAAAGAAGAUAUAUCACAUUUAUAUAUCAUUCUCUCUACAUUUUAUUUUAUUGCAUUUUAUUCUUCUGAAUGAUGCAAUCGGAAAAAAAUAGAGCUUGCCAAAUUUCACGUUCGUUCCUUAGUGAUCGAUUUAGAUCAUUUAUACACGUUGAACAAAUUAUAGAAAUCGCGUAUAUGACAUUAAAUCGUUAAACAGCGUGACAGAGAGUCGAAUAUUUGAAUGAUCAAAUUUUUUUCUGCUUGAUCAUUGAUCUCUAACCAUUUAAAGAUUAAAUUGCUUCUAGGGUGCUUGAAAAGGGAGUAUAAAAUAAGAAUAGAGGAUGUGUAAUAACGAUGGGUUAAGCAUUCGAUUUAUCUUAAAAAAUCAAGAAACUUUUGCGCAUAGUUCGCGCUCUUAAUAUUCUAAAUUCGCCACAUGAUCUUCAAUGUCUUGGUCUUCAUUGUAACUAUCCUUCUUAUAUCGUUUUCCGGAUAUUUCACUACAACAUUUAAUAUGGGACACUCUGUAUACAUGCAUGCAUAUAUGUAUAUGUAUAUAAUCUUAUGUAUAUAAAUAAAUAUAAAAGAUCAGGUGACCGAGUUUAAUGUUACGUAUACAAAUAUGUAAUUCAUGUUCUCUAAUUGCUCUCCUAUAGGAAUAAUCAAGUAUCAUAUAAGAGAUUAUAAAUUUAAUGCGCAUGCACUAUAUCUUUGUACAUGGAUAUAUUAAGUUUGAUGGUCCCUCGUUAGCUUUAUUUAUAUAAAGCGUCAUCCUUAUAAAAUUCAUAAUUAUACUUCGUGUAUCUUUAUACUCUUUUUUUCAAACACCUUAGAUUAUAGAUAUUAAAUUACACAUUGCUCUCGUGUUCCGAUGAGCAAAUAAAUCAUAUACAAGAUUUAUGUAUAAGAAAUGGAUACAAGAGGACAAAGGUCAUCGUCCGUACACGCUAAAAUAAAUAAGUAGAAAGCGAUGACGAAAGAUAUAUGUAUAUACAUAUAAUCUUAUACAUUAUACAGAAAUCACGGCCGUCAUUAUGUAACAUAAAUUUGUAUAUAAUAGCGACGAGAAAUAUACUUCAACGAGACGUUGAACAUAUAUAUAAUGCGAUGAUGGAUGAUAGAGAAAUGGGAAUAAUGAAAUUAAUCAUCAUAAUAAGUAAACAAUGACGAUGAUUCGCCCACAUUGCUCGCAUAUUAUCAUACAUUUUGCAAGAUUUCCUACACGCGUGUGAUGCUUGUAUCCUUUAAAAUCUAUAGCUUCUCUAUGCAAAGAGCGUACUUCUCACUGAGAGAAAAUUGCAAAAGUUUGUAGAUUAAACUGCGAUUGAAAAAAAAAAAAUAUUGCGCGCGCAUUAUUAAGGCAAAAAUCGCUAUUCUUCUCUACGGAUUAAUCGCGGUAUCUUGCGUGAUCUUCGCGUCUCUUUGCAACGACGCGACAUCGCUCCAACAGGUGGAUUUAUCGAAAGAUGGAUUAUAUACUUUCAUGUUUUUUUUUUUGCAGCAAUAAUCUUUAUUUCUUUUUCGUUAUAUUUUUUUUUUUACAAAAAAACACUACUUGGCACAGCUAAUAGUUUAUAUAUUAAAUAUUUUGCAUACGAGAACAAUCGACAUUAAUAACGAGCACGAUUGUCACUCCUCUACAGCAGAAUUACUCUCACGUUCGAACUAAUUGCGGGAAAUUAUUUAAGUCAUCUUAAUUAAUUAAGGCAACUUCAGCGUAAUUAAAAAUCUUCUUUUCUCUCAGUGCGUGGUAACCGAGCGCCGAAAGUGACAACGAUGCAACAACGAUGCGGAAGUAUGUAAUAAUAAUAAGCCGUAAAAGUAUGUAUAUGUGUGUGUGUGUGUGUGUGUGUGUGUGUAUAUAUAUAUAUGUGUGUAGUAAGCUCUACUCUUUUUUUUACAACACGACUCUGGGCGAUGAUCAGAAGUUAGAAGAAACUUAGAAAUAUAAAACGCAAAACACUCACGCAGUGUUUCUUCUUCGAGAAAAUUUAUAUUUUUUUUUUUCACAAGUGGCGCGCGAUCGUUAAUCAAUCCAAGAACAUUAACAGGGCACGUCGUAUUUACGUCCUACGGAAAUGUAUAUAUAUGUCUGUGUGUGUGUGUGAUAUGAAGUAGCAGUAUUUUUUAAUAAUCAUAAUAAGAAUUAUUAUUAGAUUUAUAGAUUGUAAGUAGUGAGUAUAUUAGAAUGUGUGUUAAUAGAGAGCGUGUGAUAACUGACAAUAUACAAAUAUAUUCUUCUAAACCUAGGAUGCGUCGGAAGAAAAGAUGAGAAGACGAAUGAGGGGGAAGGGGGGAAAGAGGAUUUUGUUGCGGAUUGUAAGAAUCACGAGAGUAAGAUCGGAGGAGAGAAAAGGGCAAGGGAAUUAAAAAACUAGCUCCUUAAAUCCUUGGCUAUACUUUACGGAUAAAAUAGACCCCCUCACAUUCGAUGUAAAUCUUUUCCACUUCGAUCCCUUUGCUAAGGGAUCGUCGAGGCGAGAUCUCGGGAGAGUUGGUGGUGAAAUUAAAUUCUGAUAUGUAGAUUGACAAGGAUUGAAGGAGGAGAGGAAGGGAGGGGAGGAGGGGGAGGGGGAUCUAUACGUAUUCAUCACCGAAUCUGUUCGUGUCUGUUGGCCCGAGUCUCCCCCGGUACGAUACACGGUUAGCGUUAAAUGUGGCUGCCACAUGGUCCGUUUUAGCUAGAAAUGUAAGCUUGACGUAAGAAAGACUUGACAGUAAUCUAUCCGUAUAAACGUGUCGUGUUUUGAGGACCAAUGGCUAUAGUGGAUAGAUUUUCAUUUCAUGUUCUUGAUUGUAGUAAUCCUUAUCCACGCGUAUGGUCCUUUCUAUCCUUAUACUUGUAAAAUAUAGACGGAGAAAGAGUUAUAAGAUAAGUGUCUACCGACCAGAUUCGCGAGGCAAGAGCUCUCUAUUGCCACAUAUAUGAUUGCUCUUAAUUCUCUCUUGCGGCGAUAAAAAUAUGAGAUAAGAUACGAAAGUAAUGAACAGCCACAGUUAUCGUUAAACGUGCGAUAUGAACACUAUGGACCCAUUUAACUCUCGCCCUAACAAUCGACGAUUUUAACGAUCCUGUAAAGAGACGUCGGUAUUAUUUAAGCGACAAUUUCGCAAACGAACGAAUCAAAGAUAUGUAAAUGCCGACUAUACAGCUUCCUUUUCUCUCGCGCAUUCUUUCUCUCUCUCUCUCUCUCUCUCUCUUCCCUCUCUUUUACUUUCUCAUUCAUGCGAUCCUUGACACGUUAGCCGAGACAAAUCACCUGUCAAACGCUCGCAAGCCCGUUGUAUACGUAUAAUGUGACGACGAAUGCGACUAUAUAAAGUAUAUAAGUAUCUCUUAUAUGUAUACUUAUGAUAAUUUUAUGUCGUAUGUAAUUAUGUUUAUAUUUAUUUAUAUAUAUAUAUAUAUAUAUAUGUAUAUAUAUAUAUAUAUGUACGUAUACGUAAUACGCAUGUACGUAUCGUCAGCCUAUAGCAGGUGUUUUAUUUCGUCUCUCAUUCUCAUAUCCCGGUACGAUCAUCACGAAAGUGUCGCCUUUUCUCACAUUCAUUCAGCGCUCUCGCUCUCUCUCUCUCUCUCUCUCUCUCUCUCUCUCUCUCUCACACACGCUUGUCGUGUGUCCUGUGUGUAUUGUUGUGUAUCUCACAUUAUUAAGUGUAUAUCUUUACUUUUUUUUUUUUUACAUAAAAUAUCGCAUAUCAGACGAUCUUACAAAAACUUUACCCUGGAAUAAAUGUACUUUGCGCUGCGCGCAAGGGCGACCGAUCGCGAAGAAAAGUGUUACAUCUCUCGUGUGUAACGAUCUCUCGACUCGUAAUCUUCGCGGUCGGUGCUUUCAAUUAUCUCCUCUCUCCGCGACUCGACUCGUCGAUUUAUUAGACUUUGUGACGACCGACCCUAUUUCCGCGAUCGAGUACGGCGAGUGCCCCUUUCUGCACGAUCCUUUCAAACACGUUACUUAGCGAUAGCUUGUAUCCGUUCGCCAUAAUAUGUAUUGUCGAUCAGAUCUGGAAAGUAUAUAGAGUUUAAAGAUACUAUUUAUACAUGAAUAUAUUAAUAUCAACAAUGACAAAAUUUAAAAAAAAAAAGAAAUAAAUAAACAACAAUAUCUGUGCGAAUGCUGAAAGGAUCAAGAGGUUCGCAGGACUCGACUCGCGCUCUUUAUGCGCGCAUAAACACACGUGUCCCCGAGAACGACACACGUUACAAAGGGCGACGAUACGCAUUGAAAGACGCAGUCGCAAAUCAUAUACGCGACAUGUUUUUUUUUACACCUCACAUUAUUAUUUUCUUGUAAAAAAAUUUUAUUCUUUUUUCUUUUCUCUUUCUCUCUCUCUCUCUCUCUCUUUCUCCGUUACAAUGCACAUCACUACACCUCAGAUUUUACUUUUUACUUUUGCGUUAAAAAUUUAAAAUACUCGUAUUAUACAUAAGUAUUUAUGACCCUGUUUUUCGUAAAGGCUUUUUAACAUAAGUCGAUCCUGGCCGAGGAAGAUAAAGGAAGUACAGGUUUUUCAAGAUAGAGAAGGGGGAAGGAGGGAUAAAGAGGGGUCGAGAAGCCGCGAUUGAACGCUUGGGGGGAGAUGGGGAAGGAGAACGAAGAAUUCGUUCGAAUCUUACGCGAAUUACCCUUUUCUCGUUACGUAUCUUUUCUUCUCGACGACGAACGGAAAGAUUACCGGAAGACUAACGCAAAAUGUACAAAUAAUGUAGAGACUUCGACGAUGGAUCGAGUCGCACAACAAUCUGCAAUAUAUAUAUAUAUAUAUAUAUAUAUAUAUAUAUAUAUAUAUAUAUGUAUAUAUAUAUAGGGUGUCGUCGCGUUUCCCUAAUAGGGAAAAUCCACGUGAGCGAAUUUUUCUCUUCGCACACGUAAAAUCGCAAUAGAAAACUAAUCGUCAAAAUUGGCACGCGUCCUCACUUUUUAUAUAACAUUUUAGAAUGCGAACGAAGAGGUAUAUUUUGAAAUUUCCUCUACAAUAAAUUCGCGAUAUGAUAUUCUACGAAAAUACGAUAUUUCGCGACGAACACUUUUCUCAUCAAAGAAGGGUACAUCUAAUUUAUUGUUCUCUCGUUAAUUGAUAUGACUUAUUUUCAUAAAAAGGAACACCUUCCCAAGUUAUAAGAUUACACCUUCGAGAUCAAAUCUUCCUUCUUGAUAACGACUGAUAACUAUUGCAGAUUGCACAACAGAUUGUCGCAAGUUUGAUCUACUAAUUGUCAAAGAGAAAAGAAGAAGAAGGAGAAGUUGAAGAUCACGAUAGGAAGCAAUUACACUAAUGAGAGGAGAGCGAAAUGAACCCGCUUUAAUCUUCGAAGAAGAUUGUGAGAUAACGCGAGUCAUUCUUUUCAAUUGUAUAUCGCGCAAUAAGUGCAAGAACUGAAAACUUUCCAUGCAAAGUUGGAGAUAAUCGUAUUUCUUUCUACAAUUUCAAUUUCUCCUGCCGCAUCUGCGACAAGUGAACGCAAUGUAUUUAAUUUACACACAUUAUUCCGAGCUGCCAUGAGAGAACGCAAUUUACUUAUCCCCCUUUUCACAUUUCGUUUCGACGAGAUUUCUAUCUUUUUCAGCGAUGCGCAAAGUAAAAAAAAAUAAAUAAAUAAAUAAAAAUAAAAACUUGUUCUAGAUGCAUAUAAAUGAGAAAUAAUUAAUUAUGCAAUUUGAUACAUAAAUAUAUAUUUUUUUAAAUUAUAUUUAGAAAUAAUUUUGAAGAAUAAAAAAAUAGUCAGUGCAAUUUAUUAAGUGAUAUUUAAAGUUCAUGCUAGUCAUAUUGUGAAUUUGAAAAAUAAAUAGACAAUAUAUAUUACAAGAUAAAAAAAAGUUUUAAAUAAUAAAAAUACUAGCGAUAUUAAUAUUUCGUGAUUGUCUGAAAUUGUUUCACCGACCGUCUUUUAUAUCAAAAUUCCUACUGCUGCUUAUACUUUUUUUUAGGACAGCAAAAUUCAUUUCUCGUAUUUAGUUUUGCAUAAAUUUAGAGUUAACGUAAACUGCACAAUUAAUGUAAAACGUGUAAUCAUCAGGUGCAUCGAUAAAAGCAACGAGCGUAUCUCGACAUUCUCGUCGACAUUCGGAGAAUCGUCAGAAGGAAAGAGGGGGAGGGGGGGAUUUAUUAUAUAUAAGCAGUGGUUAAUAUAAUUUCGCUAUUUGGCACACACGCGUUAUACCGCUCGCAAUUUACGUUAGCUUGGCACAAAAUUGAGCCGCUCGAAGCGCGAUGAGUUUUCACAAUCGAUUUUUACUUUGGCACCUGAACCGCAUCAAAUGAUCGCUGAUGACCUUUCCGGCUUCAAGGUCGACAAUUUUCCUCCUUAUUACGUUGACUGAUCAACGCGCGCUCGAUUUUUAGUUUUGCCCUGAUUUACGCGGGAAAGAAGGGUGGUGGGGAAGAAGGAGGGGAGGGAGGGCGCGAUAUCAGGGUCGCGAUUAGACGACAGACCGUUGUCCAAGAUCGAGGAAACGAUCAGUUUUCGCACAUGAAAGUUAUCCGAUUAUCCUAUGACAAGUGGCAAUAAUAUAUUCUAAUUUUAUCGUUAAACAGCAAACAACAAUCAAGCUUGUUUAAAAGACCGUAAAAAUUUGGAGAUCGCUCGCACAUUCCUCAGCAAUUAUCGAGAUAAAAUCUCAUUCCACGAAUACAUAAUUCUCUUGCAUUUCCCAUUCUAUGCCGAUUGUUAUACCGGCAUAAUUGUCUGUCUCUCUUGUACACUUGGUGUGAUGCGAUUUCGAAGAAGCUGCAGUUGCUCAUCGGAGCGAUAAUCUCUCUGUCUGUCGUCCGACUCGCCCUCUGGUCACGCGCGACAAAUACGCGACGAACAAUUUCGUCCGAUCGCGCGAAAUUUUUCCUUUCGCGAGGGGGGAAGAGAGGCCUCUCUCUUCGGCCCUUUAAUUAUCCACGCCCAGCCGGGGUGGGACGUGAGAUUCAAUAUCCUAUAAAAACUAAGUUUAUUUCUUAGCUGAUUGCCUUGCGUUACGGUAAAUGUUAGGUCCCUAGCCGGAAUUGCCGCGGAUGCUGCGGACGGAGAUCAAGCGGGGAUCUCUCCGCUUCCCCGGAGAUUGGAGAGACUCGCGUACCAUCUCGAUGACUCUUGUAACUUUCUCGUUUUCGUAGAGCCGUCUUUCCUCCGAAGGUCGAGGUAAACAAUUUGAAAAAAAAUUUUGAAAUUGUUUAUCUCGCGCAUCUUGAAAAAAAGAAAAAAAAGAAAGAAAGAAAGAAAGAAAUCUAAGAGCUGAUACAUUCCAUUCCGUUUGUACUUGUAUCCGACUCGCCGUGUUCAGCGUGUAAUCUGAUUUAUUAUAAUCACGGCUCGACAUACGAGAUAAAUGGCUCCGUUCGCGAUUCGCGACAAUCCACGGUAGGAGGACCCACGCGAUAAGGAUAAGGCCCCUGCACUAACAGAUUGCUCUACGCCACAACGAUACGAUCGCAAUUGAUGCUGACGUUCGUCCGCUUUGCUUUUUUUUUUUUCCCUUGCUCUUCUUUAAUACGCGCGCGUGUUUAAUUUAAUACAAGCGAACGCUCCGCUCUCUUCGCGAUCGCGUUUCGUAUCUUAAUUAGGGGAAAGGGAAAUGUACGUACUCUCGAAACUCUUUUCAACGAUCGCGUUAUUUCAUCUGUUUUUCUUUCUCUCUCGCUCGCCAACGCGAGCGAGAAUAACCGCGUCUUCGUUGAAGUAUAAUUGGUCAGCGUCAGUUGCUCCAGAGUUAGGUCUAACUGUACAGCGUUUAAACACGCAAACGUUCUUCUUAGAUACGACUUGACUUUUACAGCCAACAGCGUAGAUUAGCUCUGACUAGCUAACGUCUCUUGGAUGUUCCUCGUUUUCCAUCCGGAACACACCCCUAUCUAUACACAAUAUAGAAAGCGGAUUAUCGUUAACUGCUUAUUACGUGCUAACUACUUGUUGGUGCGACAGAUCUUGAGGGAUAUAAUCUAAACGUAUCUCCCUAAUCCUCGUAGAUCUCCUUCUUACAUUAUACGCUCCUGCGUGAACACUUGCGUUCUUUCCUUCUUCUCGAUAUAGUUCUUUUUUUUUUUUUAUUUUUUCAAAACACGACUUACGACAUACGUGAUUAGACGAUAUCUUAACGGUCAUUAGAAGCUACAGAGAAUCCGAGAUAAGAUCCAAGUGCCCGAGAUAUAUAAUCAAUCGAUUUCCGAUCGAAUGCCGGAUAAAUGUAGGCUAGCUUAUCGGAGCAAAAAAAGAGAGAUAUCAAUUAUUCUAGAGUCAUAUGUGUCAUUGGAUAUGCUUCUGGAAUAUGUCGAUGCGACAUUCUUAGAUAAGUGGCAGAUAAACUGCGUCGGCUUUUCUCGAAAACAACAGAAUUUCCUCGAUUCUGAUCGCCUAUCGUACAUUCCUUCUUACAUUCCUUUUCACUUUUUUAGCGUCCCGCUCUAUCAAUCGCUUAAUUGUCAAACUUCGUAAAAGUUUGUCACAGAAAAUUAUAAAAACUUAUAAUUCGAGCUUCUGACACCGCCGUAUAUGUCGAGCGGAAUUAAAUCUCUGCAAAAUAAGGCGAAGCGAAUCCUCCUUUGCUGUAGAGUUUCGAAAUAAUUUAGAAUUUCACUUUGACUAAUUUCAAAUUACCUUCCUACGACAUCCUGUCACUUACUCUUUAACUCCCAAGUGAUUUUCCAUUAAUUAAACAUCUCUGAUUAUUAAAUUAUCACGUAUAAUCGAGCUUAGCGAGCCAGUUUGAAAAGUGAAUGGGAUUUUCAAUUAAAAAGGCAAUAAUUCUCUCUUUUAAUCAGCGGGAAAUAAUUAUUCUCUCUCGCAGUUAUAAUUUUUAAUAUCGUAAUUUUUUCGAAACAAUUCUUAGUCCACAAAAUUCCCAAAAUACUGGAGAAUUUUCAAUCCCAUUUACUUGUCAUUAAUAUAAUUCGUGAUUUUAUUAUUUAAAUUAGCAAAAAAAUAAUCACGUCCGUAUUCAAAACUGUUAAUUUCUCUCACCGUAUCGUACAAUUUUUACAUGUUUUCCUUACAAAAGGAAUAUUACUAAUUACUUAUUGCUCUCGACUUAUUUAACUCUAACGCCUUUAAAUCAUUAAAAUCAUUCCCUAAAUAAAUAAAUAAAUAAAUAAAUAAAUUUUCCAAUGUAUAAGAAAAUACAAGUACAAUUCAAAAACUACCUUUAAAUUAUUCCAACGCGUUUUGGAUACGAACGUUGUAGAAUUUCGCAUCACGCACAGGUGGGCUUUUCAAACGAGUAAAUUUAAAAGUCUCUACGAAAUUAUUAAAAAAAAAAAUGACGCCAUUCAAUGAAACAAGAGAUUAGUAUUAAAAAAAAUUAUUAAAUUAUGCUUCAUCUUAUUUUUCCAAACCGUACGUUUUUUUAAGCAUAUGUAAGUCAUGGCGAUCCAAUAGCGAUAUAAAAAUUUCGGAAUUAUUAUUCAAGAGAGGAAAAAGAAGCAUGUAUUGUAUUAUUUUAAAAACACAUUUAAAGCCCGCAGAAAAUUAAGCAUGUAGCUUUUUUAAGAGAAUAUAGUUCUUCCGACAUCUCGACACAUUUGAAAAGGUCGCCGAGCAGUAAAAGUUUUUCAUCCGCAUGAUUUCAAACCACAUGCGAUAUUUUCGCACAAAUCCUUUCAGUGUCCGUGUGAUGUUUACUGACAUUUAAAAAAAAAAUAAUAAUUUAUAUAUUAUAUACACGUAUUAAAAUAUCGAGAUUCUUGAAAGAAGUUUAAUGACUAAAAUCAGAAUAAAAUUAUAAGAAUAGAUUAAACUUUCCCCAAAAUCGAUAUUGAAAGGAUUCAUCAAAAGACACAGUUCGACUGGGAAGAUCAUGAUUUACCCUUACGUACAUAAAUGCGCGCAGCAAUUGUCCCUCCCACUUUUCCCACCAUGUUUUUCCGAUUUAAAUAUAAUAUCAGACCGAUCGAUUUCUAAAACCUCGACGCUUCUGUGGCGAUUGGAUUCGAAUGACGUAACGCCGUAAAUUCGGGAGGAUUAGACGCACGCGCGCACAUACAUACAUACAUACAUACAUAUUCAUUUGCCUAAUGAAAGAUGGGUCCUGAAUCUUCCCGAUUUUUCUCCCGUCUCUCCUCUCUCUUCAUCUCGCGUUUGCAAACAUUCGUAGAACACAUCCACCAUGCGUUCCUUCUUCCUUUUUCUACCUCUAUCAUAUAUUUUUCAGUAAUAUAUAAGUACUCCUUCUCUCUCUCUCUCUCUCUCUCUCUCUCUUUCUCUCCGCGAAGUGCCUUAAAAAUUGAUCCUUAACUACUUACUAAUAAUCGAUUCUAAUCACAGCAAUUAUUUAUUGUUGAUAUACACAAUCAUACAGCGUCUCUCACUAAUUGUUAUUUUCAUCAUUUUUUUUUUCAUCGACUUUUUUUUUUUAGUCAGAGACAACUUGUCGUUCGAACGAUACCGUUGCUCGUGUCGUAUAGUUUUUUGCCUUUUUUUUCCCUUAAUAUAAUUACUACGAUACGCCGUCAUCGUCUACCUAUACCGGUGGAGAAUGAGGAUGCAAGGGCGUUAACGAGGAUGAAGAGGAGGAGAUGAGGGUGAGAGGAGUGCCUUGUCGUCACGAUGAGAAAAGAGAGAAAUACUUGCGUUUCGUUUUUUUCGAAAUAUAUAAUAACAAACGAUUUUCCACACACAAAUGGCAAUAUGUGUAUAUAUGUAUAAAUAAUUAUAAAUAACACAGAGCUAAAUCUCUUGAGCCUAAUUUAAAUGAGUCACCAACAGACUCUCGCGAUGUGAUCAACCGAUGUACUAAAGAAAUCAGCACAUCAAACCAAAAAUAAGUGCAAUUCGAUCCAUAGAGAAUAAUUUCUGCUUCCUUCUGUAAGACAAACGCAGAUUUGUAAAAUGUGGUAGAAAAGCUUAUAUCUUCUAACUUAAUGAAAAUUUAAUUGGGACCUUAAUUAACAAUAUAUGUGUAUGUAUAUAUAUUUUUUUUUCUUUUUUCUUGAUUAUUAAGAAAUUUAAGACUAAUCAAAUUUCUAAUGUAAACAAAAACGUUUUAGCGUCCCAUUAUUAUAGAGAUUUCCUAAUUGGAUAAAUCUUUCAAAAGUUGCGAUAUAAAUAAUUGUUUCCAAUUAAAUUUUCCGUAAGGAAGAUGAACUUUCUAAAUUCCGUCAUAGUAUUAUUGAGUUCCAUUUUGAACAACACAACUAUAUCUAUAAACUUGUUUGUAUUUUUUUUUUUUGCACGGACAAGUCGUUCGUGACUCAUUCGUUCAGAAAACAAAGUGUGAUAUGAAGCGCGUAUUGUGAUUCGAAAAAGAUAAAAUACGUAUAUCGAUGUAAUAUAUUAUACAUAUAAAAUGAAAAUGAAAAUCGUAGAUGCCAAUGUUACAGUUAUUUCCAAUUAAAAAUUCGCCUCACAAACAACGAGAUGUUCCGAAUACGUAAUAAAUAUGUACAGCGUGAAAAUAUAUAUAUAUUUACAAUACGCUCGAGAAAAAAAGAAGCGAAAAGAUCGCAAAAAAUAUGUUCGAUAAGAAUAAAAACAAGUGAAAUAUCGGGGGGGAAAAAAACGAGUCCACGAUAUUCCUAACUUGUACAAAUAUAAUGCUGGUGUGAGCAACUUUCUUUUCUUCUUUUCCUUUUUUUUCUUUGGAAGGAUCAAUUUACUAAAAUUAAUUUAUUAAAAUUAAAAGCGAUUCAUACGCGAUUUUCAUAUACGAAUUAGGAAAAAUAUAUAAGUGAUACAUACGCGCAAAGACCGUGUAAUGAUCGUUAAUUGAGCUGACACCGGAAGCACAGACUAACAAACGUAUUUUCUUCUCCCUUUUGUUUUACACCCUUUUUAAUUUAUGUUUGGCACAUAAUGGAAGUUGCCGGCGCAGGAUAUCGUGAGAUUAUAAUCGUGAGAUUAUAAUCGCUCCCGCCAUUGCCAAUUUUGCACAUGUACGUAUAUAGGUACGUAAAAAAAAUAUUAAAGAUAAAAAUGUGGGCACGUGAGAAAUGCCGAAAUAUAUUAUAUGUAUAUAUACAGUAGCUGUACAACUAGUUUUGGAAUUCCAUUAUAUAUAUAUAUAUCGGCGAUUCUCGGCCCGAUUUUUAAUAACAAUCUCUCGAUCCAAUUUAUUUCUCGAUAAAAGAGAAUCGAAACUUGGACGCAGUAGAAAAAAAAAUAUUCAACGUGUGCCAAGAUCUAAUCAUUUCGCAAUUAUGUACAGAGUGUGUACAUAUGAACAAAUAUUCAUCUAGAAUAAAAUAAUAAUAAUAAAAAGAAGACGUUGCACAAUGUCGCGCGCGCGCAUUUCUCUUUUCACACACACAGACAAAGUAAUAAUUUUAUUACAAAGUAAUAAUUUAUAUAUCAACGAUUGUAACACGAUUAAUAUAAAUAACACGAAAACGAGAAGAGUCGAUAACGAUAUGAGCAAUAAAAAACGUUCGUACAAAAAAAAAAACGCACAUAUCUACUAAAAACGAUAAAAGAAUUUUGUUUGCCGUUGUCGGGGUGGCUCUUAUGAUUCAAACUACAAGCAUUGAAGGAUAGGGAGAGGGGCUAAAAUCCGACAGAGAGGAGGGCAAGAUGGUAAGAUGGAGGGAGCUGAAGUGAAUAAUGAUGAUGAAGAAAGGGAAGGAUAUGCCUCUUGAUCGAGUAUGGGCUUGAGCUCGCACCUUUUCGUCGCUAUUUGUCUCUCUCUCUCUCUCUCUCUUUCUCUCUUCUAGUUAUUUUUAUCGUAUAAUAAAUAUAUAUUAUGUGUGUAUAUAUAUAAUAUAUAUCAUUAUUUAUAUAUUCCACGUAAUAAUUUCAUUUAUUCUUUUAACAGAAGCGCGCCCCCGAAACCGUCCGCGACGUUCACGUCGGCCUUUUCCGCAUUCAACUCGCAUUUGUACUCGAAGACAACCGCGUCGAAGACGGGGAUGGCCGGAAAUGCUUGUCGAGGACGGCGUCGAGAACGCGCUAGAGAACGUGCGCAUCUGUUCGUCCCUUCGCGUUUCCGAGAUUUUCCUUUUGGGGAAACGCCAAGCGAUCGAUGAUGCGGGGACACGUUCGCGGUCGUUUCUUUUUUUUGUUUUUUUUUUCUUUAAAAAAAGAAAAGAAAA